AUGGACGGGGCUCAGGCUCCGGCGCCGCACCUAGCUUCAAGGACAGAAUUGGAAGAAUUUCCAAAAUCGGUAGCGUGCAAGCAAUUGCUGAGAGUCAUCGCAAACCUAACACCAGCAUGCAUUGAGAAGUUUCAUAAAUUUGGUAGAAGAGACGCUCUUCAGUAUGGUAUCAGCACCGAUCGGUCACAGGCAGAAACCAUGGGGAAAGCUAAGAACGAACUCGAAGAGUUCAUUGCGAAUAUCCCAGACUCAAAACUCACGGGCUUUCCAUCGGUUGAGACUACGGUCUACAAGACCCGCAAUUUCCGCUUAGACAUGCAAACGGUCACUACUAAAGAUCCGCGAUGCUACAACCUGCACGUGCAGAUCAACAGGGGGACCCUCAUCACUUCGUUGAAGAGAUUUGCAGGGAAGUCGCUCUCCAUCGCCUUGGUGCCGGUCAAGGAAGAGGCUUGGACGCCUGCGGAAGUUCGCGCGGAACUGGAGAAGAAUAGGAUCAUCUAA